CACAUUUCCGUUGGUUGCUAGCUCCCAUUCCCCCUCCACUUCCCACCACCAAGCCACAGCUACCAGUCGUCUCCGAGCGCGCGUUUCCAUGGCCAUAUCCUCCCCUCUCCCCCGCGCCACCAACCCCUAGCCAGCCAACUCACCUUCUCCUCUCGCUCCGCCGCUCACCGGAGAGACCUCUCGAAUCUGGAUCGCCUCCAUGGCCACCACUACCGCUGCCUCCUCUCUGGUACGCGUCCGCCCUCCGAUUCCCGGCGAUAGUUCUCUCCUCCAGCACCUCCGCCCGAUUCAGUGCCGCCGCUCGGCACCUACCUCCCGCUUCCAGCGUCUCCACCGCAUCCUCCUCCUCCCUACGCGCGGCGCACCGGCGGCCACCCCCCGCGCCACGGCCGACCCGUCGUCCGCCUCGAGCGCCGUCGAUGCGGCGGCGGCGGUGGGGGGAGAAGGGGCCGGCGCCACCGUGCUGCUCGACGUGAGCGGGAUGAUGUGCGGCGGCUGUGCGGCGCGGGUGCGUGCCAUCCUGGCGGCGGACGCGCGGGUGGAGACGGUGGCGGUCAACCUCCUCGCCGAGUCAGCGGCGGUGCGGCUGCGGGCGCCGGAGCCUGGCGCGGGGGAGGAGCUGGCGGCGAGGCUUACGGAGUGCGGGUUCCCGUCAACGGCGCGCCGAGGGGGCGCGGCCGAGGGGGCCGGGGAGAGCGCGCGCAAGUGGAGGGAGAUGGCGGCCAGGAAGGAGGACCUCCUGGCGCGGAGCCGAGGGCGCGUGGCAUUCGCGUGGACGCUCGUCGCGCUCUGCUGCGGCUCGCACGCGUCCCACCUCCUCCACUCGCUGGGCAUCCACAUCGGCCAUGGAACAUUUUUGGAUUCGUUACAUAAUUCUUAUGUCAAAUGUGGCAUUGCUAUCGCGGCCUUGUUUGGGCCUGGAAGAGAAAUACUUUUUGACGGUCUUAGAGCAUUCAAGCAAGGGUCUCCCAACAUGAAUUCCCUAGUAGGAUUUGGCUCUGCAGCUGCAUUUGCUAUCAGUGCAGUGUCCUUGCUGAACCCUGAAUUGGAGUGGAAUUCAACCUUUUUUGAUGAACCGGUCAUGCUUCUUGGAUUUGUACUUCUUGGACGGUCUCUCGAAGAAAGUGCAAGGCUUAAGGCAUCUAGCGAUAUGAAUGACCUUAUUUCACUAUUAUCACCUCAAUCGAGGUUAGUCAUCACUUCCUCAAGUGAUGAUCCUUCCUCGGACAGUAUUUUGAAUUCGGAUGCAAUCACAGUUGAGGUUCCUGUUGAUGAUGUCCGUGUUGGAGACUCGAUAUUAGUCCUGCCAGGAGAAACUAUACCUGUAGAUGGGAAUGUCAUCGGAGGAUCAAGUUUUGUAGAUGAAUCAAUGCUUACAGGGGAAUCCUUGCCUGUAGCCAAGGAAAUAGGGCUUCCUGUAUUUUCUGGAACUGUGAAUUGGGAUGGACCUUUAAAGAUCAGAGCUACAUGUACUGGACCAUCAUCAACAAUUGCCAAGAUAGUCCGCAUGGUUGAGGAUGCCCAAGCACGUGAAGCUCCUGUUCAAAGGCUCGCAGAUUCAAUUGCAGGGCCAUUUGUGUAUACUGUUAUGACGUUGGCUGCAGCAACCUUUUCCUUCUGGUAUUACAUUGGCACACACUUAUUUCCGGAGGUUCUUCUGAAUGAUAUUGCUGGCCCAGAUGGGGAUUCAUUACUUCUGAGUUUGAAGCUUGCUGUGGAUGUACUAGUUGUUUCAUGUCCUUGUGCACUUGGAUUAGCUACACCUACAGCUAUCUUAAUAGGAACUUCUCUGGGUGCUAAAAGAGGAUUACUUAUUAGAGGAGGUGAUGUUUUAGAGCGUUUGGCUGGAAUAAAUGCUCUUGUUCUUGAUAAGACAGGGACGCUUACAGAAGGAAAACCAGUAGUUACUUCUAUUGCUUCUCUGGCAUAUGAGGAGACAGAGGUUCUUCGUCUUGCUGCUGCAGUGGAGAAAACAGCAUUGCACCCAAUUGCACAUGCUAUAAUGAACAAGGCUGAACUGCUCAAACUGGAUAUUCCAAUGACAAGUGGGCAGCUUACAGUGCCUGGAUUCGGCUGUUUGGCAGAAGUAGAUGGGUGUUUGAUUGCAGUAGGCACUUUGGACUGGGUCCACAAUCGUUUUGAAACUAAAGCGUCACCAACUGAACUGAAAGAUCUUAGAGAUCGUCUGGAGUUUGUGUUGUCCAGUGAGGUAUCAUCAUCAAAUCACUCCAAAUCAAUCGCUUAUGUUGGCCGUGAAGGAGAAGGAAUUAUAGGUGCUAUUGCUAUAUCAGAUAUUUUACGAGAAGAUGCAAAAUUGACCGUGGACAGAUUGCAGCAGGAAAGCAUUACACCAUUUCUACUAUCAGGGGAUAGAGAAGAAGCGGUAGCAAGCAUUGGGAGGACUGUCGGAAUCAGGAAUGAAAACAUAAAGUCGUCCCUAACUCCACAGGAAAAAGCAGGCAUUAUAUCAACUUUGCAAGGGGAAGGACACAGAGUUGCAAUGGUUGGUGAUGGAAUAAAUGAUGCGCCGUCUUUGGCAGCUGCAGAUGUUGGAAUAGCUAUGCGAACUCACUCAAAGGAGAAUGCUGCCGCUGAUGCUGCUUCAAUAGUUCUAUUAGGCAACAGACUUUCUCAGGUGGUUGAUGCCCUAUCCCUGUCGAAAGCAACUAUGGCAAAAGUUCACCAAAAUUUGGCCUGGGCAGUGGCAUAUAACAUAGUAGCAAUACCAAUUUCCGCUGGAGUGUUACUGCCUCAAUUUGAUUUCGCCAUGACACCAUCUCUCUCAGGGGGGUUGAUGGCCCUGAGCUCCAUCUUUGUUGUCAGCAAUUCUUUGCAUCUGCAGCUGCAUGGAUCGUUUCAGGGCACAGAAAAAACUCAGGGUGAUUUGAACUCAAGAUUAAAUUAGUUCGGUUUGGUUUGUCCCAAUUAGUUCGGAUGGUGCAGGAUAAUAGAGUGUGGCUGAUACAUACAGGCUGAAACAAGUCGAUCGAAACUAGUAAGCAUUCUUGUCAGUUGUAACAUGUUGUGCAGUUUACAUUAGGUAACUAGAAUUGUAAAUAUAGUAGAUCACUCAGAAGUAUAUUAUUUUAUUGAGGUUAGCCUUUCCCAUGACCCUCGAACAUUAUUGUAACGAUACAGCUGUAAACGAAGAGGGAAAUAUUUUUUCUCACAGAUCCUCCGGGAUCUUUGUUGUUCA